ACUUGGCUGCGGUCACACAGCUCACAAGCAGCAUGGCUAUGAAUCUGUGGUUGGUCACCCUGACCUUGGUUCCCCUCCUUGCCAUGGACAGGGAACUGCUGGUGUCGGGGAAGUUUGUUUUCUCCAGAAUGCCCAUCUGUGAGCACAUGGCCGAGUUUCCAAACUGUCCCCGGACACCUAACCUGAUCUGUGGCACAGAUGGGCUCACAUAUGAAAAUGAAUGCCACCUCUGCGUGACCCGAAUGAAAACCAGACAGGACAUUCAGAUCAUGAAGGAUGGCAAAUGUUGAGCCCAGAGGUGCACUCAAGCCAUGGAACUUCAAGCUGGAAAACAGUGAUACUCCAGAGGCUAUGAUAUGAAAUAAAAGAUGCAGCCGAAGCU